ACCGGAGUAAUUGUUUAAGUGUGUAUCUUCAUGAGUAGAAGAUAAAUUUCAAGGUUCAUUAUCAAGAAUGGCUUCAAGGAAUGAUGGUAUUCAGCUCCUUUUGCAAGCCGAAAAGAGUGCUAGUGAGAAAGUAAAUGAGGCAAAAAGGCGUAAAGCUAAACGAUUAAAGGAAGCUAAAGCUGAGGCUCAGGCAGAAAUAGAAGCUGAACGAGCUGAGCGUGAGCAUCACUUUAAAAUUUGUGAGGGUAAAGUACUUGGUCGUCGAUCAGAAAUUGAGUCACAGAUUCAAAAGCUAACCCAAGAAAUAAUCGAUACUCAGACUGCCUCAGUGAAUCUUCAUAAAGAAGACGCCAUAAAUAUGUUGUUGAAUUGUGUAAUGCAAAUUCAGCCACAGCUACACAAAAACUACCGCAAUGGAAUAACGGGUUAACCAACAGUAUUUGAAAUUUGGCGAUGCACGAAUCAGUAAUUUUAGACAAUAAAACUGCAAAUGCAUAAUAAUUGAUCAUUUGGUUUCUCUUUAUUAUUUCUAAUAUUUAUUAUUAUCUGCACAUAAUCAAAC